GUUCCGGAAAAAUAACAAUGAAAUGCGAAACUCGUUUUUAAAUGAUAGAUCUAUUUGGUGAAGGUUGCAUUGCUACAUUAUUUUAUUUUUAAUAAAGCAACAUCAGAUCACAGAAGUUGAGUAGAAAAUUCUUAAAGGCACUGGGCGCUGUAGAUAAGGACUUCGUACAGACAUGGCGGACAAAAAGUCGAAACAAGUGGGGAUCGUUGGGAGUGGGUUAAUAGGGCAUAGCUUCGCUAUGCUCUAUGCCGCAGCCGGAUAUCGAGUGCGCAUAUACGAUAUUAAACCGGAACAAGUCCAGCAUGCAUUAUCUAUCAUAAAAGACCAACUAGAGCAUCAGUCUGAAAAUGGAUUAUUACGGGGGAAACUGACAGUCAAAGAGCAAAUGGAAUUAAUCAUUGGGACGAACGACCUGGCUGAAUGUGUGAAGGACGCCUUCUUUAUACAAGAGUGUGUCCACGAGGAAUUGCAGCUGAAGCGAGAAGUCCAUGCAAAGAUAGAUACCCUCAUCAAGGAGGAUACAAUCAUCUCCAGCUCCGCUAGUGCGCUGGUUCCAUCCCUCAUCUCUGAGAAUCUCACGCACAAAAAGAGGUUCAUCGUUUGUCAUCCAACGAACCCUCCAUUUUAUGCACCGCUAGUGGAGGUAAUUCCUGCCCCAUGGACAGAUCCAGAGGUAGUAGUAAAGACUAAGGAACUGUUGACGGAAAUCGGUCAGGUGCCCGUGAUUGUUAAGAAGGAAAUUGAUGGAUUCGUGUUGAAUCGUAUUCAGUACUCCAUUAUUGGAGAAUGUUGGAGACUCUAUGAGGACGGAGUGAUGAGUGUGGAGGACAUCGAUAAAGUGAUGUCAGAGGGACUAGGACGGAGGUACGCUUUUAUGGGUCCCCUGGAGACAGCCUACCUCAAUGCCGACGGUAUGUAUAGUUACGGAAACCGGUACGCCGAGAUGAUAUACAGAGUACAGUCUAGUUUUGGACCCCCAAGGAAGAUGGAUGGUCCGAUUCUAGAAAAGAUUCACAACGAAAUUGCCUCCAGAAUUCCUCUUGACAAACUCCACGAGAGGAGAAAAUGGCGAGACGUUCGACUAGCAUCACUUCAGAAGUUAAAGAAUGAGUUAGAUGAAAAGACAGAGUCGAAGUGACCUUGCCUUUAUGUAAUAUGUUUGGAAUAUUGUGAUAUAGUAUGUUGUAAAAUCACACCGUAUCAAAUACAUUCUUGAGAUCAAUAAAUACAAUAGAAACUUUA